ACUCUUAAGAGAAGAUUAUGUGUAGAGAACACCACUAGGUGACGGGUUGACAGAGUCUAGCCAGCAAGAAAGACGUGCACCAAUCACGGAUUGGCGCCACUCUUCACGCAUUUUCCUCUUGGAAUUUUCUCGUGAAAUGAGAAGGAAAAAUGAUAAAGAAAUCGAGAUUGAAGAGAUGGGAAAAGGCUAGACAUUAGGAUUCCAAUCAUUUAUUUCUAAUAAUUAUAUCAUGUUUUUUCUAUAUUUUGUAGGAAGAAAAAUAGCAGAUAAGGACGAAAGUGUCACACCUUCUGUUUUUGGCUCUUCUUUGCAAAGAUUUUUGCAUUCAUUUUCUGUUAGUUUAGUGUGAUCCGAUAUUUGGGUAAUAUUUAGUUGCUGGUAAACAGGAAAGAUCCAUCGAAAUUGGAGGUCUAAGAGCGAUUUUCAACGCAAUCUUGGAUCCUACAAGACACGUUUUGGGCACAGGAGUCGACCCAGAAGACAAUCAUCUUGUUUUUCGAGAGAGUAAUGGGAGUGAUGAUCGACCAGAGCCUCAGAUAGCAAAGUGCUAGAAUUUUUGUUCGAGUUAGUUCGAUAACGUUUUCUUUGUUUUGGGGACUUUCUUGUCUUGGUUUGAGAGUUUCAAGCGAGAAGCUUUUAAGGUCUAAGGUGUAGAAAUUAUAAAGAUUAAAAGGGCUUCUGAUGAACAUGAGCGACAAGCAACCAGCGAAGCUAAACGAUGAGCAAAUCGCCGAGCUUCGAGAUAUCUUUCGUUCUUUUGAUCGGAACAACGAUGGAAGCUUGACGCAGCUCGAACUCGGUUCGCUUUUGCGGUCACUGGGGCUGAAACCCAGCCCUGACCAGGUCGAAGCCCUGAUACAAAAGGCCGACACGAAUAGCAAUGGUCUGGUGGAGUUCUCGGAGUUCGUGGCUCUGGUGGCUCCGGAGCUGCUGUCGGAGAAGUCACCCUACAGCGAGGAGCAGCUGAAGCAGCUGUUCAAGAUGUUUGACAGGGAUGGUAAUGGUUUCAUCACUGCUGCUGAGUUGGCACAUUCUAUGGCGAAACUUGGACAUGCGCUGACGGUGGAGGAGUUGACGGGGAUGAUCAAGGAGGCCGACACGGAUGGGGACGGGAGGAUCAGUUUUGAGGAAUUCGCACAGGCAAUCACUUCGGCUGCUUUUGAUAAUUCCUGGGCUUGAAGGCAUAUAUCUAUAGUAGUUUUGUGGGGGAAGAUGAUUCCAAAGCUUUCCAACAGUUAAGAGUGAGGCAUACCCACAUGUUUAUUCUGCUGCAAAGGCUGAUUCCUUUCUGAUUCAUGUAAAAUUCAAAAAUUGGUUUUGAUCAUCAUUCUUCUGACAUCAGUCUCUCGCAACUGUGCAAGAAUUAUUCAUAUGUUAUUCUUACAUUGGAUCACUCUCGCUAGUUUUUUUCUUUUGUGGCUUAACAGUUGUAUUAAAUUCUUAGGAGUUGGAGCUUUCUCCCUUUAGAUUGUAUUAGCCUCUUUCUUUUGAAGGAUUGUUCAUUUUGGCUGAAUUUGGAAUGCUUAUUCCAAUUGUUGUUGCUGCUGCAUUACAUGGUAGGAUUUACUGUGA